CUGGGAAAUAGAUAAGAAAAGUUAGGGAGACCCGGAUGAGGGGUCAAAAACAACUCUCAUCUAGAAAAGGAAAAGCAAACCAUCCGACCAUAAGGGGCCGUGUGGUACUCUCAUGUGGAAAACAGGACAAGCGUCAGGAAACAAGAUGGCGCGAUGGUUGUUGCCUCCUGUCUACUCUAGUGGUCCGGAAAUGCCUAUAGAGGAAAAGGAUGGGGUAUCUGUUGUUCUCCCGGAAGAAGGGACGUGGACCGACCUAGAACCGGCCUAUGAGACCGUGAUGCUGGACGAGAAGGACGCGUUCCUCUGGAUAGAGACAAUCUGGACUAAGGUCAGCUUGACGAGACUUUCACCUAGCUUGAUGGACCUAGAAUUCCGGGAAACAGUGGAAGCUAGAGGAUGGGUCUACCUAUCACAGGAAUUGGAAAAUGCAAUGGUAGUGGGACGAGUAUUGGGCACGGCGCCAGAUCAACUGUUUAGGCAAGCGGAACGGGAAGUGGUAUGGGCAGCAUGUCAGCGGGCAGAAAUGGAGAUGGAAAGGAUGGAGGUGCGAGUGGAACUCGGGGACCGGAAAAAUAUGAGACGUCCUCUUAGGACAAUGAGGGUCCGAGGGAUUGGUACCGAAUGGAGAGCCGUGACCCUGGGAAGGGACCAUGCGUUCAUGAUGGUGGAAUAUUUGAGGGAUGACUUGUACUCGGGAUAUGAUCAGUUGCCGCUCGAUGCGAGGGAUAGACCGUACACUGCAAUGCACACCCCCGUAGGACAGUUGCAGAUGCAAGUGACCCCUAUGGGUUUCACAAAUGCAGUAGCAGAGGCGCAGAGGAGGAUGCUCGCCGUCACAGGGGAUAUGUUUCCAGAAAAGUGUGAGCCGUAUAUAGAUGAUAAUCCCGUAAAAGGCGCAAGGUACAAGGACGAGACGGAGGUCGACCCGGGUGUGCGAAAAUUUAUCUGGGAUCACCUACAGGAUAUCAAGGAUCUCCUACAACGGUUCUUGCUCUAUAAUAUUACCGCAAGUGGGCCAAAGAGCAUCCUGGCCGUCCCGGAGGUAACUAUACCGGGAUUUCGCUGUGAGGCCUAUGGGAGGAGACCCGACCCAGCAAAGACAGAUAAGAUCUCUCAGUGGCCGACACACCUGCGUACCACGACGGAAGUACGAGCCUUCCUAGGGGUGGUUGGAUUCUGGAGGAUCUUCAUCAAAGGGUUCGCAAAGAUAGCAGAACCUAUCCGCGCGAUGAUUAGGGAAAGUGGCACUAUGGAUUGGACCGAGGAUAUGGAAGAGGCAGCCCAGACCCUGAAAGACAUCCUGUCGUCCGAUGAGGUUAUCUUAGCAGCACCCUGCUUCAAUGACGAAGUAGGACGGCCCUUCAUCCUAGAGACAGAUGGCGGCCCAAUGGAAGUAGGAGGCGUAUUGAUAAAGAAAAGCGAGCAGGGCAAGGAAAGACCAAUCAGAUUCGAGAGUUGGACCUUAAUUGCGGCAGAACGGCGGUACUCGCAGUUCAAGAAGGAGGUCUUAGCCAUCCUAUAUUGCCUGAAGACCUUCCAGGACUAUCUGUUCGGAAGGCGAUUCAUCUUAAGGAUCGAUCGCACCAAUGUUGCCGGGGCACUGAAGAAUUACAAGCCUAUAGAUCCGACCGUCGGCAAAUGGAUAGGCUUCAUAUGGCAGUUCGACUACAAGGUCGAGCGGAUCGCAGGCUUCGAAACAGGGCGGAUGGGUUGAGUAGGGUAUGCAUCACGCCGGAGGGAAUAAAGGACGCGGAACCAA